CCCCUGCGCUGCACGCUGCACUAUAAGUAUAAGCCAGAUAGAUGCCAAAUCGCGAUGUUCAGUGAAGCUAACUGUUAUGUUUAUUGUAAACAGAUGACUUAACUGUGAUAUUAAUUUAAUUCAUAAAAAUGUGUUUCACGAAAUACUGACAAUACGCCUACAACUUAGAAGAUUUAACAGACUAUAAAUUAUAAUAUGGAAGAAACGUAGCAAUUUCAUAACAAAAGGCUUCAUCAACCUCAACAAUGACAAAAUCGAGAGAUUUCAUUAAUCUAGAUAAAGCUGAAUACACAUCGUGCGUAUUCGAACAUCCAUCCCAUCAAAGUUCAAUUUUGGCUGGUCUGCAAUCACUGCGAGAAAGAAAAUUGUUAUUCGACAUAACCCUUACUGUCGGUACGGAGCAGUUCAGAGCACAUAAGGCCGUACUGGCAGCAUGUAGCGAUUACUUUCGUGCCAUGUUUACGGAACCAAUGUUGGAGUCUAGGCAAAAUGAAGUCACGCUGAACGGUUUAACAUCAAAAGGAUUUAAAAUUAUACUUGAUUAUGCUUACACUGCACGCCUUGUUUUGGACCAAUUUAAUGUUCAAGAUGUUUUAUCUGCGGCAACACACGUUCAAAUUCAGUCCGUUGUAUACGCAUGCUGUACAUUUCUGCAGAACCAUAUAGAAAUAGAGAACUGCGUGGAUAUUGCAAAUAUUGCAGAGAACUACUGUUUAUCGCACUUGAAAGAUCGAACUUACAUGUUCAUGAGUGCGCAUUUAAUCGAAUUUUCGAAUUCGCACGAAUUUUAUAGAUUAUCACUUCAUCAACUUAAAACUCUACUCACAUGUGAUUAUCCUGUAAAUUGUUCGGAGGGUGAUAUUUUGCAGAUUGUUUUAAAUUGGUUCACCAAUGCAGAAAGUACAGAAAGGAAGUUACACAUCGAAAGCGCUUCACAAGUAUUAGAACAAAUACACUAUGGAGAAAUUCCUCGUUGGAAAUUAAAGGCAAUUUUAGACAGUAGUACACAAAAUCACUACGAUUACGAAUUACACAAGUUAAUUUUAACAAAAUGCAAAUGUCGUCACAAUCUAAAAAAUAUCACAAUGCACAGCAACGAAUUUUUGUUAAAUUCUCGUGGUAUGGAAUUGGCCAUCUUAAAAAUCGGCGGUUUUGGCGUGGGCGGUAUGACGAACGAAAUUACCUACUGCAUGGCAAAUAAAUCAAAAUGGAGACAUUUAACUUCAAUACCUCACGUCGAGCAAUGCAACUUUGGUGCCUCGGUAUUUGCUAACGAAUUAUACGUUAUUGGUGGUUGUUUUAAUGAGUCAUUACAAGAAAAUAUUCAUCCGUUUGGCUUUAAGUAUAAUCCCUGGUACAACAAAUGGUCAACUAUAGCGCCCAUGAAAACGGAAAGGUGUCGUUUUUCGUUAACAUUGGUCAACGGGCACUUUUACGCCAUCGGUGGAUCAGUCGAAACUGAAAACGGAAAUGAAGUAACUACCGCUUGUGAAAGAUACGAUCCGGCCUCUGAUACAUGGGAAAGUAUCCCAGCAUUGCUAGAAUACCGAACGCAGCAUGCUGCAGCUGCAUGCGAAAAUAAGCAAGAUAAGUGGCUGUUUGUUUCAGGGGGCAUUGAUAAAGACACGGUUUUGUCUUCUUUCUGUUGUUAUGACACGGUUUUUGAUUACUGGUGGCCUCGGCGGCCAAUGUUGAGACCGAGAGCGGACCACGUUAUGAUCAUUGUAGGAUACAAAAUUUAUGUCUGUGGGGGUUGGACAGAGGAUCCGGAAACAAGACUGCGAAUGCUCGUUGAUACUAUAGAUGUGUAUGAUGUACUGCAGAACACGUGGAGAGUGAUAACUCAGGUCCCAACCCCUCGAUACCACGCUGGAAUCGUGGGUUUAAAUGAAAAAAUAUACUUCAUAGGUGGUUUUCAUAAUGACGCCACGUUUGAUAGAGACACAGCUGCCAUCGAGUGUUACGAUAUUGCCACAAAUCUUUGGAGUACAGAGGAAAAAUAUCCCCAAGUUAUUUGGGAACAUUGUUGUGCCACCUUAUAUGUUCCCAAAUAUAGGGACGAUAUGGAAGUGAUACACUUGUAAAGUAACUCGCUUGUAAAAAAUUACAAAAUUGAAAUGCCUUGUGAAUAAAUAAAUCUAUUUUUGCUUUA